AUGUACAUAGACGCGUUCAAACGGAUCCUCUUUGAAAGGCUGAGCUGCCUGAAGAGGAUGUGUGUGUGCCAGCGCCAGGGCAGUUCGUUUGCCAUGUCUAAAACGGCGACGAAGAAGCAGCACUGGCGGUCCAAAGUGCAGGAUAGCUUUGUCCCGCUGUUGGGAACGUCGGGAGAGCUGGGGAUUUCCGUGGGCGGAGGUGCGGACUAUGGAGAGUUCCCCUUCGUCACCUCGGCGCCGGGAGGAGGCCUGACGGUGGGAGAUAUCAUUCUGGAGAUCGGGGGUACGCCUGUGCUCGGGAUGACGCUGGGGGAUGUCCGAGGCGUGCUCAACUCGUGCCCGCAUCCCGUACGGAUCAAGACCGUCCCGCCAGGCUCCUUGUUUGGUAAAGAUCUGCGUUUGUUUCUGAGUAAAUGCUGCACGCCGGGCUCAGUGGACAGCCAGCUCCAGCAGGUGAUCAGAGAAAACCUGUAUCUCCGCGCCGUCCCAUGCACCACCCGCCAGCCCCGAGUGGGAGAGAUCUCCGGGGUCGACUACAACUUCGUGUCGGUGGAGGAGUUUUUUUCCCUGGAAGAAUCUGGAGCUUUGAUGGAGAGCGGCAAGUUUAAAGGGAAUUAUUAUGGAACGCCACGUCCCGUUCACAUCAGCGCCGACAGCCCCCCCAUCACGUACCAGGAACACCGCAAUCUGCUCCGAAACUUCAGAACACGGAGCAAAUCGCUCAGCAACCUGGAGAAAACAGGCGACGAAGACAACAGUGAAGAGGACUCAGGUCUGUCAGGCAACAGCAGCGCCCCCUUCAGUCACAGAUCACCCAGCCGGCGGCGAGCGUCCAGCGCGGAGGACGGACACAUCGCGUACAGCUACAACGGCCUGAGGGGCAGCAGGAGGGGGGGCAGCUACCGGGGCAUGACCUUUGACCCGUGGGACCAGGCCUUCAGCGACCCGGGGAAGUCCAGCUACGCAGACGGCGUCCCAAAGAGGAGCAGCUGGCAGAGUCCUCGAGCUCCGAGCAGAGAGAACGUCUACAGAAACGAGUGGUUCACAGACCAGCCCUCGGAGCUCAGGGGUUUCCCGGUCCACACACACAUCAUAAAGGGCACCAGGGGGUUCGGCUUCAACAUCGUCGGCGGCAGCAGAGCGGGAGAGUUUCUGCAGGUUUACAGCGUCACGUCCAACGGCCCCUCUGCUCUCAAAACAGCCGACAUCUUGGUUUUCCUGGACGACGUGUGCGUUCUGGGCGUGUCCCAUAAGGAGGUGGUGGAGAUGCUGAAGUCCGUCCCGGUGGGUCACGCGGUCGACGUGGAGAUCAGGAGAGGUUACCCCAUGCUCUACAACCCCGACGGCUGCCCCAAACAACCCCCGCCCAGAAUGAUGGACAACGGCGACCCCAUCGUCCCCCCCACCACCGUCCAGCCGCAGUCCGUACACCACCUGCCCCGCCCCCCGACCCCCCAGAGCCAGCACUUCACCUUUAACGGCGUCCACAGCGAGGCCGGUUACAUGGAGCCUCUGGACACCAACGGAAACGCGCCGUAUUACCGCCACUCGUACAGGAGGUCGAGUAUGAGCAACGCCGUGCACUCCUCGCCGCCGCGGCCCCCCCGGUCUGUGAGGAGUUUAGCCCGGCUCCAGUCCUUUGACCCAACGCUGGCCAGUCAGAGCGACAGCGAGGUGGUGUCGGCCAUCGGCUCGCACAGAGCGUCAAUGAUCCGUAACCACAACAACAACUCCCUGACGACGCCCCCGCCUCCUUCUCGCUACGGGACGUACAAAUCCUCCGAGAGCGACUUGUCCACGUGCACGCUGCCCCGCCCGCCCGUGCCCCUGUCGCCGCGGAGACCCUCGUCCUCGCCCGGCGGUCCCAGGACGUCCCACCUGCUCCGACCGAGCCCCUCCCCCUCCAGGAGACCCCGGACGCCGGACAGCCCCCACUACACCAACGUCAACGGGUACCACGGCGCGCCCAGCCCCUCCGCCAGCCCCAGCAGCGCGUCCUCGAUCGGGGGGGUGAGUUUGGGGAGCGACCACGAGGGGAGGGGCCGGGGGGAGCUGGUGCCCGUGGUCCUGGGGCAGUCGGAGGCGGACAGGGGGCUGGGCUUCAGUAUGAUGGCGGGGGGGCUCGGGGGACGCCUCGCCAUUGUGAAAAGAAUCCUGGACAGGGUGCAGUGCAACUCUUUACAGCCAGGGGACGCCAUUGUCAAAAUAAAUGGUGCUGAUGUGCAGAGCCUGAGCGUCGCACAGAUACAGACUAUUCUCCAGGAGCACACCAAACUGGGAGAAGUCAUCCUGCUGGUUUAUCGAGGAGGUAUCUACCACUCCCCCGGUUCUUCUCGGAGACUCCCCCCUCUGCUGCUGCGGCCCCCUCCCCCUCCUCCCCCCGUGACCUCUGAACCCUCUGUGUUUCCUGACUGUUUGCCUUUGCCGCGGCGGUGUAACAGCACGCCUCCCUCCCCCGUCCCGUCCCGCUCCUCUCUGAUCCAGAGCACCAGUUUCCUGGAGUCCAUCCCCGUGACCCUGACCAUGGAGCCCAGAGACUGGCUGAGCACGGGGCUGGAGGACAGCGGAGUGACCCUCGCCGACCCCGCGCUGGAGCAGAGGUCAGGAGAAGCCCGGCCUUUUCGAGGGUUUGACGUUGAGCUGAGGAGAAAACCGGGUGAGGGCUUUGGGUUCGUCAUCGCGUCUCAGGACGUGGAGAACGGUAAAGCCAAAAAAACCAAAAACAACGCCAUGCUGGAGCGACUACAGUCUGCUUUAAAAACUGUGAAGGAAUCCAAACCGGCGUCUCUUCUGCCCCAUCGCUUCGUGACGGUGCGUCGGGGAAGUCCGGCGUCUAAAAGUGGGCAGAUCCGUCCAGGAGAUCGUCUGGAGGCGGUGGAGGGUCAGUCUGUCGUCCAUCUGCCCCAUCGAGAGCUCUCUCAGAUCCUGCGCCGCGCCGGGAACACGCUGCGACUCACCAUCGUCCCCAGACCCAGCACCUACUCUUCCACGUUCCCAGAAUCCAAUGAGUUUGAGUCCGGUCACAGAAGCAGGAAAGGUCAGAGGUCACGACCCAAGCGCGACUCGAGGUACUACAGCGUGGACCUGGACCGGGGCCCCUCAGGUUUCGGCUUCAGUCUCAGAGGAGGGAGCGAGUACAACAUGGGGCUGUACGUCCUCGCGCUGAUGGAGGCGGGGCCAGCCGCACGCAGCCACAAGAUGCAGGUGAGCGAUCAGCUGGUGGAGAUAAACGGCGACAGCACGGUGGGGAUGACGCACAGUCAGGCCGUGGAGCAGAUCAGGAGAGGAGGACACAGGAUCCACCUGGUCCUGAAGAGAGGGAACGGCUACGUCCCCGACUACGUGGAGCUGUCCAGUCUUUCUCUGUGUAUGACAAACUCUAAACUGGGGGAGCCGUGCUUCUAUGUGAUUGGCCGAACAGAACAUACGCGGCCGUGAGCGCAGGCCCCGCCCCCUCUCGCCCCUGCCCCGCCCCCAGGAGCCGGGUGUGGCUGCAGUAGGCCGGAGGAGGCGGACGGCGAGG